CGAGCCGAAACCCGCGAAUUUUUCCCGCAAGUUCAUUUACGUUUGUGUUGUCAUCCAGCUUACGUUUGGCUUGCAGAGACUACCUGGUAGAAUCUGAAAGUUGUUGGAGCAUCAGUCGCUAAAUUACAUAUUCAGUUAAAUAAAAUACUAAAUUAUAUUUUAAUUAAUAUAUUCUGUUUAUUAGUUUCAACAAUUAACUUUUAUAUCAAGAUGUUUGAAGCAAAACUUGUACAAGGAGCUGUCCUGAAGAAAAUUCUUGAAGCCAUUAAAGAUUUGGUCGUCGAUGGAUCAUGGGACUGCACAUCUACAGGAAUCACCAUGCAGGCAAUGGAUAGCAGCCACGUCAGUCUAGUAACCUGCUUGCUCCAAGCAGAUGGCUUUGAGAAUUUCCGAUGUGACCGCAACAUCACCAUCAGUAUUAACUUGGCAACAAUGUCGAAGAUUUUGAAAUGUGCAAGUAACGAUGACCUCAUCACACUCCAAGCAGAAGAUAAGCCAGACACACUUUCCUUCAAAUUUGAAUCACCAAAUCAAGAUAAACAAUCAAAUUAUCAGGUGAAACUGAUCAACUUCGACAAAGAGCAUCUUGGAAUUCCUGAACAAGAGUACAAGGCUGUAGUAAAUAUGCCAGCAGCAGAAUUUCAAAGAAUAUGCCGAGACUUGAGCCAGAUUGGAGACACUGUCACGAUAGAAUGCACCAAAGAGGGGGUGACAUUUUCCUGUGAAGGUGACCUAGGCAGUGGAACUAUUAACUUGGUACAAGAUGCUAAUAUAGACAAGGAGGACAAUGUGACGGUAAAAAUCACAGAACCUUGCAAGCUAAACUUUGCUCUGAGGUACCUCAACUACUUCACCAAGGCAACACCACUAUCAUCUCAGGUUAUUCUAUCUAUGACAACAGAAGCACCACUAGUUGUUGAAUACAAAAUUGAGAACCUUGGAUAUAUGCGAUAUUAUCUGGCACCAAAGAUGGAAGAGGAUGAAUAAAUUAUCACUGACAGAAUAAUGGUUGGUGGGGGAUCAACAUAACAAAUCCAGAUGGACGUUAAACCUGGAUACUUAUAGACAUUAUUUUGUACAUAGUACAACUCAUUAGCUUCUGUAUUUAAUGUUUUUAACAGGAUUUAAAAAUAAGCAAUAGCUCCAGUUACUCCAGACAGUUUCAAAAGUUCUGCCAGCAGACUCAUGUUUGUUGUAGAAGUUUCCUUGACAAUAUUCGAUCUAUAAAUGAAACAAUGUAAAUGUAAUAUUAAUUUAUAUAUUUCAUUACAAUACCAUAACAAUAUACAGUAUCUACUAAGAUGAUGCCAUUCUAAAUAUGUAGACACAUUUGUAUAUAUCAGUCGAGAAAAUAAAAUUUUCGGCCCUACAGUA